UUAUGUUCAGGGUAUCAAACCGUUUAGUUUAAUGUGUUUUGGAAAACGAAGUUAUAGAAUAUCGGAAAAAAAAUUAUUUGAAGCAUUUUAGAAAAUUUUCGUUGACAUGAAUUUAAAAUUCUUAUUUUUUCUAAUACACAUAACAUUUCUAAUUGAAUGCGGAUUUUCAACAAAUAUAACAGCAAUUCACCAUCCACGCCAUCGGAAAUCUCGACAUAUUAAAAUCAAUUCUUUAACACCAGCAAAUUUUAAUUUUAAAGCUGAAAAUUAUGAUUACCUUGUUAAAUUAUUACCAAACCUAAAGCCAGAUGUAUGUUCAUCAUCAAUAAAGAAAAUUUCACCUUCAUUUAUUUCUGUAUUAAAAACUACUGAUUCGUUACCAUUAAAUAAUGAUGACCUAUUACAAUGUGAAAUUACUAACGACAAUUAUAACAACAGGAAACCCAGAUUAAUUAUACAUACAGCAGGAUCACAAAGUGAUCCAUCUCAAACAACAAAAUUUACAAAUCCUUCAAAUCAAAACUGUUUUUCAUUCACUGUUAAAACUGCGGGUGUUGCCACUAUUGCUUUAUAUAAUGAUAUAACAUCUUUUAGUUACAUAAAUAUACAAUUGGGAUUAUUGAAUAAUACUCAAUCUCAUAUGUCGUAUAAUCACCAUAUUUGUAGCCAUAAUUGCGAAAAUGAAGAUACACCAGAUAUUUUAGAUCAAGACAAUUUUAAAGGAUUUUGGAUUAGUUGGAAUCAUGAUACUGUUACAAUUGGUGAACAGAAUAAAGAUGAUUACAUUUUUCAGAGAAAUUUUGAUUAUAUUGGAAAAAUACAUUAUAUUGGAUUGUCUACACCGGGUGCUUUACCAAUGAGUACAUGGACAAUUGAAGAACCUUUUUGCCCCGAAAAAUAUUUAGAUCCUACGAUUGUUUUAGAAAAAGAGCAAAAUGUUGUUACAAAAUGUCAUAAAAUUUUUGAUAAUGCACAUUUAACUUUAUCAAAUUUAUCACCCGAAAAGAAAUUAUUAAAAAGAUUGGAAGCUCUUGGUGCAGAAUAUGAUAUUGAAAAAUUAACAAAUGUAUUAACAUUCAAUAGAGUUAAAGAUUAUUAUUAUACUACUUUAGAUUCAUUUUACUUUGAAGAAUAUAUGAGUUUAUUAAAAGCAUGUAUGAGUUUGGAAUGUGAUAAGGAAACAUUGGAUAUAAUUAAAACGAAAAUUGAAGAUUUACGAAAAAUAUUAAAAGAUAAAAUUGAAGAUUUUGCGUCAAAACCACAAUGCUCUAUAAACGGAUAUUUUGACAAGUCCUAUCAAAAAUGUACUUGUAAUUAUGGAUAUGCUGGUAAUGGUAUAUAUUGUAAAACUGAUACUGAUAAUGAUGGCAUCCCUGAUGAAAAUAUUUCUGAAUGCAUUGAUAGAUCAGAAUGUCGAAAAGAUAAUUGUCUAUAUGUUCCAAAUCAAGAUCAAGAAGACAGUGAUAAAGAUGGUGUAGGUGAUCUUUGUCAACCGAAAUCAAUAUAUAAAAUAACCAAUGAUGAUCAAUUUUAUGAUUCUAAUACAGAUAUUGAAAAUAUAGGGAAUUCUGUUAAAACCGUAGACAUUGAUAAUAAAUUAAAUUGCGCACAUUUAACAUUACCGCUAGAUACUAUGGGUAGAAAAUGUGUAUUAGAAUCAGAUUUUACAAUAUUAAAUGAAUAUAAUAAGAAAAAAUUGGAAAUAAUAUUUUCACAAAAAAAUUCUAAUAGAUUCUUUAGAUUAACUUGGACUGAUAAUUAUAAAGGAAGAUUUUUACUUAAUAAAUUAAAUAGUUUAGAAGAAUCAUCUGAUGAUUGGGAAGAUCAUUGGUUAAGAUCAUCAAAUUUAAUUUGGUCAAAUAAUAAUAAGAGUACUUUUGAAACUGGUGCUAGUUAUCGAAUUACUAUUCAUUAUGCUUCAGGAAAAUUACAAAUUAGACUUGAAAAGGAUCAAGCAGUUAUAACAGACACCUAUGAAUUAAAUAUUAGUGAUAUUGAAGGUGAUGAGCCUAUUAAUAAAUUAUGUUUAACUUCAAAUAAAAUUGAAUGGAUUGUAGCUGUUCAGAAAUGUAAUUAAAAUAUUAAAAUAAAAAUAUUUGUGUACAUUGAA